AUAUGAAUGACUGUCGACGCCGCCGAGAUGCUUGAGUAGAAAUCAAUCACGAAAGUCUGCCUGGCAGGAUCCCGCAUGCAUAUUUGUUUCGACUUAUGUCUAAGUAUAGCAUAUACUCACAGAAACGGUGACAAUUUUGGGAUGUGUAUUGGCCGUGUAACCAUACAUCGUGUUUGAAAUCCUAAGAUGUAUUAUAUCAAAUCCUCUCCCGAUUGAAUGUAGAAAAGUGUCCUGGAUAAUUCCUGUUUUGUUGGACAUGUAUUCGCUAGCAGAUAUUUUCUCCCUCGUACUUCGCAUGUGCUCACGGGAGCAGUUGGAAUCGGAAGAUAGCCACCCGUGUGUGUAUCCGUAGAUGCAAAGACAUUAGACGUAACGAUCGAUCCUGCAUCGCUAGCAGAACUUCACUGGAUACUGAUUCGGGCACUUGCUAUAUAAUUAGAGGGGAAGUUCCUGUCCGAGAAAUGUCAAAUGAUGCCGUCUCAGUCAUCCUGGAUGAUGGCUAAUACGACCUCACUGGCAUCAAGCGGCGUCUCGUCGUCAUCACAGGACGGCGGUAAAUCAUUGUCGCCAGCGGCCAUUAUCGGACUCAGCAUAUGUCUGGUCUUCAACGUAUUUAUUGGGUGUGCCGCGGCAUUCGCAAGAUAUAAGUACCUGGUAUGGAAGAGAAUGAAGGCUUCUAGGCUUGAAAAUGGAAAUUCACGCGGAAUUCUAGACCAAGAAGUGGGACAGGAGCAGAUAAAUGAAUUGAAAGGGUGUCCGAAUUUUAGUGAAUUGGAAGCCCGAGGUCCAGUGCACGAAUUGGAUGGACAAUCGGGCCCUGUGGAGAUUUUUAGCGUUCCUUUGGGAGAAUUGACGCCGAUAGACAAAAUAUAUCAGCGCGGGAAUUGGAUUUGAUCUGACAUACUGUUCCCUCAUGUAGACAUUAGUCGUAAUAGUGACAAGGGGUUUAUGUAUUAUUUAUGAGGAAAUAUAAACAUAAUAUGAAUUUUCUUUAAGUAUUCUUUGUGCAACCGAAAGGGGUCUUUAGUUUGUAGAAUAAAUAAGAAUAAAUAACUGUUGAUGGAAUUGAAGUGGUU